AUGGAUCGUUUCGAGCGUGAUUGUCUUGCUCCUGGGGAAAGAGACAGCACAUCAGAACCCAGUAUUCGGAAACGCAGGUUACAGGAAGAAGACACACCUUCGGGGUCCGAUUCUCGGAAAAGAAUAGUUGGCAGGGAUGCACUGGAUACGGAUAGCCCAGGUGAAAACUCUGCCAGUCGCUGUUCUCGAUGUGCAAGAAUUGUAUCAAAGCUGGAAACAGUCUUGUUUCAGCCGGAGAAGCAAGAAACGAUCCUUGACUACCUGGACGAUGUCGGAGACCCCGGCACGAUGGCUCCCAAAUCUUCAUCACCUGAUGCUCGAAGAUACACCCGAAACAGAGCCUGCACUACCUGUCUUGAAAUUGUGUCUAGCUCACAGUACCAUAAGCUUGGUGGCAACGUUUUAGAGGCUCACAGGGCGCCAAUGAGCAAGCCUCUGGAAGAUGAACUUGUCGCAGGAUGCUGUUUUUUAUGUCUACUAAUGGUCCAGGUUCGAUGUGAGCAAAAUCUCCUAACCUAUGACAUGGAAUUUGGCCAGGAUGCUAUCCAAAGAGUGAAAUUGAGUCGCAACUUUCUAUAUUAUGAUGAUCUUAUUAUUGUGGGCAACAUUGACUGGGUGGACAAUCAGAAUCGUAUCUUCCCUUGA